AUGGCCCCCCCUGAAGGAGAAUCCGGGGGACCAAUCCCGCUCAACAAGGGUGUUUAUAUGGCCAUAGCUGCCUUCACUGCAGUCGCAUGGUACAAUGUCGCCGAACUCAAUGUCCAAGUCUUCCUCACUUUCAAACGACAUCGGGGCCUCUACUUCUGGUCACUUCUGAUAUCGAGUUAUGGCUGUGUGCUUCAUGCUCUCGGCUUCCUCCUCAAGUUCUUCCAGCUGGUUUCCCGCAAUCAGUCCCUCAACGACUAUGUUGCAGUUACUAUCAUCACCGUUGGCUGGUAUUGCAUGGUGACCGGUCAGGCCGUAGUUCUGUAUUCGAGGCUCCAUCUCGUCGUGCGGGAGCAAAAGAUCCUCCGUGCAAUUCUCGCAAUGAUCAUCGUCGAUGCUGUUUGCUUUCAUAUACCUACUACCAUACUCACAUACGGAUCAAAUACGAUGGAUUCUGCCAAAUACAUCCCCGCAUUCAACGUUAUGGAGAAGCUCCAAAUGACGGCCUUCUGUUCGCAAGAGUUUAUUAUCUCCGGGGUAUACGUUUGGUCAACCAUCAGACUUCUCAAGCCAGUCUACCAUGGUCGAACACGAAAAGUCAUGACGCAACUCAUAUGGAUCAACCUAAUCAUCAUCGGGAUGGACGUUUGCCUGCUUGCCAUGGAGUACUCGAACAUCUACGAGAUCGAAGCCACAUUGAAGGCGAUGGUCUACAGCAUCAAGUUGAAGCUCGAAUUCGCGGUGCUCAACCAGCUCAUGACCCUCGCCAAUUCGACUGUCAGUAGUCACCAGCAAUUGAACAUAGAAGAGGGUAGCGAGAAACCUACCAGACCGCCCACCGGUCGUUCUAGAUCCACGGAGUACAUCAGCAAUAAGUACAAGAAGCCUUCGAAAAAACCGAAAGACAACGCCAAGAGAUCCGCUCCUGCCAUUAUCCACAGUAGCUACUCCACCUCGCGUGUACCACAUCACAGCCGCUCGAACUCAUUUGGACCAAACAACAAGAGCCGAUUUCAAUGGAUACCCACUCUGGAUCGCAACUGCGUCGUUGAGACAAAACACAUCGAAAACACUGAAGACUGCCAACUUAAUGUAUUUACCAAUCCCGCCGCCUGCUUCAAGCCUGGCCGACAACAGCCUGACGGCUAUCCUCCACACGAUGGUCUUGGCGGCAUCCCUAACUCAUGUCCCGAUUCUCCUGAGACAUCACCAACCCGAGACAUAGAUGGGUCAACCCUCCACAGUCGCCGGGCUCCUCCGCCUCCACCCCUUGACCUUGAUAACUCCGUCAUGCCCAACGGCUUGCUACGAAGUACCAGGCCGAGUGUUAGCGAAUGGGGCAAAGGACCCGACAAUGAGAGCGAGGCUAGUCCCAACAGUGAUGAGAUUCGAUUAGAUCCAUACGAAAAUGCAGACUAUCUUCCGCCUCGAAGUCCCGGGAGUGUUAGGGUGGGGAGGGACAGGGCGGCCCGGAGUAUGGGUCAAUUGGAUUUCAUGACGAGUGCUUUGCGGGAAUGA